UCCUUCCCAAAGCUUGACCAGAUGAAGGAGGCUGUGAGGAAGAGGAAGAUGCCACGGGCCCCCCAGGCAGGCCCCGAGCUGAGGAUGGAGAGCCCGGAGGACAAAUCCCCCCGUGAGACCCUGGUGGGAGAGGCCGUUUUGAAGGGCUCCACGGCGCAGGAAGGCAGCAGGGAGGAAAAGGGCCAGAGAUCCUCCCACAGGAGGGGCUCCAAAGCCAGCCCAGGGUGCUCUGAGGAGGAAAGACCCAGCCUGUGCCGGGAAGGCGGCCGGAGCUUGAGGCGGAGCUGCGAGCUGGUGGUCCCUGAGCAGCCUCCCAGCAGAGAGAAGCCGUUCAGGUGCUUGGAAUGUGGGAAGAGCUUCAGGCAGAGCACCCACCUCCUCACCCACCAGCAGAUCCACACUGGGGAACGACCCUACACGUGUAGGGAAUGUGGGAAGAGCUUCAGGAACAGCUCCAACCUUGUCACCCACCAGCGCAUCCACACCGGGGAACAGCCCUACAAGUGUGGGGAAUGUGGGAAGAGCUUCAGCCAGAACACCAGCCUCCUCAACCACCGUCGCAUCCACACUGGGGAACGGCCCUACACGUGUGGGGAGUGUGGGAAGAGCUUCAGCCUGAGCUCCAACCUCCUCAGCCACCAGCACAUCCACACUGGGGAACGACCCUACGCAUGUGGGGAAUGUGGGAAGACCUUCAGUGACAACUCCAACCUCCUCGCCCACCGUCGCAUCCACACUGGGGAACGGCCCUACACGUGUGGGGAAUGUGGGAAGAGCUUCAGACAGAGCUCCCACCUCUGCAAACACCAGCGCAUCCAUGGUGAACAGCCUUACGUGUGUAGGGAAUGUGGGAAGAGCUUCAGUGACAGCUCCACCCUCCGCACCCACCAGCGUAUCCACAGCGGGGAACGGCCCUACAAGUGCUUGGAAUGUGGGAAGGGGUUUCAGACCAGCUCAGAUCUCCUCAGGCAUCAGCGGGCACACACAGGGGAGAGGCCCUUCCGCUGCACCGACUGCGGGAAGGGCUUCAACCGGAACUCCCACCUCGUCACCCACCGGCGCAUUCACACCGGGGAGAGGCCCUACAAGUGUGGGGAGUGUGGGAAGAGCUUCACUGACAGCUCUGCCUUGACCAAACACCAGCGGACCCACCGGUAAGGGAAGCCUUACAAGUGCCCCGACUGCAGGAAGAGCUUCAGCUGCUGCUUCCACCUG